ACCCAACUUCUUCAUCUUAGGGGUGCACUGAGAUCACUUUGAACCAUGGCAAAGGGCGUUGCUGUACUUAGCUCCAGUGAAGGUGUUGCCGGAACUAUCCUCUUCACUCAAGAGGGAGAUGGCCCAACUACUGUGACCGGAAACAUUUCUGGCCUCAAGCCUGGGCUUCAUGGUUUCCAUGUUCAUGCUCUUGGGGACACAACAAACGGUUGCAUGUCAACUGGACCACACUUCAAUCCUGCUGGCAAAGAGCACGGUGCUCCUGAAGAUGGGACUCGUCAUGCUGGUGAUCUUGGAAAUAUCACUGUUGGGGACGAUGGAACCGCUUGCUUCACAAUUGUUGACAAGCAGAUUCCUCUCACUGGACCACACUCUAUCAUUGGUAGGGCGGUUGUUGUCCAUGCUGACCCUGAUGACCUUGGCAAGGGUGGACAUGAGCUUAGCAAAUCCACUGGAAAUGCUGGUGGCAGGAUAGCUUGUGGUAUUAUUGGUCUCCAAGGAUGAACUAGACCAGGGAGUGAAACACAGGCACCUCAGUCGAAUUAAAGCUUGAGAUAUUAGCAUGAGCUCGUAUCAAUUGAGUAUUGGAAUAAGGAAUACGUUUGUCAAUACCAAUAUAUCUGGCUUGGUCCUGUAUUCUAUUUCUCAAUCGUUUUCUGUGGUUGUUUGACUUUAAAUUUCUGUUCAUGCUAUUGCCAAUGGAUAAAUAGUCUAUUUCUUGCU